AUGCAAUUCAUUAAUACUGGGACACUUCCGGGCAAGGCCAUUGAGCAGCAACUUCUACUCAAUAUCUUUAGAGAUGCCUUCCCAGAGAGAUUGUCAACAGACAUCAAGCCGCUUCUCCAGGAAGUAAAAGGCCAUCUGUACAAUCGUGACUUUGCCACCGCCUUUGGAAAGGAAGAGUAUCUUGAGACGUACGCCCUACGCUGGUCGCCAAGCCGCACGCUAUGCUAUCUGGAAAUUUUACACGACCUAAGAGACGAGUUGAAGCCUUUUGAGAGCGAAUCUGAAGAGACGGAAGAUGCGGAAUGGAAGAUCGUGGGCCUGGGUGGAGGUGCAGGCGCCGAAAUCGUGGCUCUGGGCGGACUAAUGAAGCUCCUCAAAACGACGGAAGAAGAGCACCGCGCAAAGAUGAACAUCGCCGCCAUCGACAUCGCAGACUGGGCCAAUGUCGUAACAAGACUCGGCUCAGGUAUCGUGACCAAGCCGCCACUCUCAAAAUACGCCUCAGCCGCCGCACAAUCAGCAAACAGUGCCCUGACAUCCCUCUCCUCUUUCGCUGUUACCUUCCAUCAGCACGACGUCCUGAAUCUAUCACCAGAUACGCUAGCCAAUAUCGUAGAAAAUGCGCACCUCAUCACCCUCCUCUUCACCCUCAACGAACUCUACACGACCUCCCUCUCCCUCACGCAAAAAUUCCUGCUCAACCUAACAACCGCCCUCGCACCGGGCGCGCACCUCCUUGUCGUCGACAGCCCGGGCAGCUACUCGACGGUGAGCCUCAACGGCGCCGAGAGAAAGUACCCCAUGCAGUGGCUGCUGGACCACACGCUGCUCAACCCCUCCGGCGAUGCCAAAGCGAAUCCCUCGCCGUGCUGGGAGAAGCUGCAGGAGGAAGAGAGCAAGUGGUUUCGGCUUCCCGCGGGGCUGAGGUAUCCAAUCGAGCUGGAGAAUAUGCGGUAUCAACUGCAUCUGUACCGGCGAUGUGGGUGA